CGAUAAAGCCGUCGUGAGUUUACUGUACUGUCUGAUAUCACACUCGGCGAAGGCGUGUGCGCGGUAUAUCCCGUGAAGUGGGUCUUUCAUUAUUGCACUCAUAACCUUUACGAGAUAAGUAAAUAUUGCGAUCGAUUUAUAUCGACAGCCGUGUAACAAGUCGUUGUAGAUCCGUUACUUGAAGAACACGCAACAAACAUGGCCCUCUACAGCUUGAAGAGCAACCUGCAGUACGCGACCCUGAAGACCCUUUCCCUGGUCUCCAUCAGCGUUAUGUCGCCACAGCAGACCGUGCAAGAGUUGUUCCGUAAUGCGGACUGCGUGUGCUUCGACGUUGACUCCACUGUCAUCCAGGAUGAGGGCAUCGAUGAGCUCGCCAAGUUCUGCGGCAAGGGAGAAGAGGUUAAGAGGCUUACGGCCGAGGCUAUGGGCGGCAGCAUGACGUUCCAGGAGGCGUUGAAGAAGCGGUUAGACAUCAUCAGGCCCAGCGUGUCGCAAGUCAGAGAAUUCGUAGACAAAUUCCCUAUUCAUCUUACACCUGGAAUCUCACAAUUGGUGAAGGAGCUCCACGAGCGAGGCGUUGUAGUGUACUUAGUGUCUGGUGGCUUCAGGAGUCUAAUAGAGCCUGUAGCCGAAAGGCUGAACAUCCCACCUUCAAACAUCUACGCUAAUAGACUCAAAUUCUACUUUAAUGGCGAUUACGCGGGAUUCGACGAGAACGAGCCCACAUCCCGGUCGGGUGGUAAGGGGCUGGUGGUGAGGCGGCUGAAGGAGCAGCUCGGGUACCAGCGGCUGGUCAUCAUCGGAGACGGCGCCACCGACGCCGAGGCGAGCCCGCCCGCUGACGGAUUCAUUGGUUUUGGAGGUAACGUAGUGCGCGACGAAGUAAAAAAGAGAGCUAGCUGGUACGUGACCGACUUUCAAGAGUUGAUAAACUCACUAACCAUACAAGUGGCCAAGUGAAAACACGCCCCGUGUUAGAAAAAAUUACACGUAUUAUGUUGAGAAACGGUUGUCUAUGGACGGGCACACGGCUACAGAUCAUAAAAUCCAUAGACCGCUGCACCAUAGAGCACACGUCAGUUGUUAUUUUACGGCGCGGACUCACUGUGUUUUCGCCAUUGACGUUAAAAAUAGCUGUGCUAUAUUUUAUAUAUUUAAUCCAAACUCCAAAAUAUUUUUAUAGAUAUUUGUCACCGUUUACGUCCAUGGAACAAUGUUUUUAUAUCCUUAAGGAAUGACUUGUAAAUUUUGAUUUUUUAAAUGAAAAUUUAUAUAUAUAUUUAUCUUUAGAAAUCACAAUCUGUGAUCGUUACUGCCAUAGUUCCCCGCGCAGUUUGUAGAGUGCACGUGUAUUUUGGAUUGUGCAUUUAUUGUUAUUUCGAUAUUGUGAUGGUACUUUGAGUACAAAAUUGACGUUCUACAUAAAGUAUUUGCGCGGACUAAGUCUGUGCUUCGUGUUGAUUUUUAUGUUGGUUUUAGUAUAUGUUAUAUAACUUAGGUUAUUAGUUAAUGUAUAAGUUAUAUGUAUGUUCAUAGUUAUAAGGAAUUGUGGUCUAAAAUUUAUUAAUAUUUCAUAAUUUAUUUUGUUCAUUAUUUGGAAUUGUAUGAAAUUUUCAUUAUAAAUGGAAAAAUCCUCACGUCAAAAACGGCUGUGUACUUCUUAUGAAUAAGAAAUAAAUAUAUUUAAAUAAGUUAAA